AUGGAGCUACCUAUACCGAAGGAGGUCAUGAAGAUAUGGAAUGAAUGGAAUCUGAGGGGCUGUAUUAUCUUGAGCCUUGCACUUCAAGUUUUCUUAUUUUUUUGUGCACCACUCAGACAAAAAUGCAGAAGCAAAUUGAUUGUAGUGUUGAUCUGGUUUGCGUACUUGCUCUUCGACUGGGUUGCUGCGGUUGCAAUUGGGGUAAUCACCAAAAGCCAGGGUGACCCUUGUGACUCUGGAAAGAAUAAAGACCUUUUAGCAUUCUGGGCUCCAUUUCUUUUAGUUCAUCUUGGUGGCGCUGAUACUAUUACUUCUUUUGCUCUAGAGGACAAUGAGUUCUGGCUCAGGCAUUUGAUUCAACUCAUUCUACAAGUCCUGGCAGCUGCUUACAGCUUCUAUAUGACACUUUUUGAAAACAAGCUUUGGUUCCCAACAGUCCUAGUGUUUGUUGUGGGAACUAUCAAGUUUGGGGAGAGAACAUGUGCUCUGUAUCUGUAUCUUGCUAGCUUGGACCAUUUUGGAGAGACUGUAUUGCCAGAGCCCGAGCCUGGGCCUGACUAUGAAGAGGCUGUGGAAAUAUACUAUACAAUGAGGUCAGUCGAAGUUCCAACACAAGUAGAGCUGCCAAUAAGGCCAAUGCACAUUGGGAAUUAUAAGAACCCCAAAUUUACAGUUGAAGGAGUUCUUAAAGAAUCUGUAGAUGACGUGCAGUUACUGCAGGAAGCAUAUCGCUUCUUUGGAAGUUUCAAAGGGCUCCUUGUUGGUUUCCUUCUGAGCUCCAAAGUUCAAGAACGCAGCCGAGAAUUUUUUCUCAAAAGAACCCAUGUUAGUGCUUUUCAAUUGAUAGAGUAUGAGCUCAGCUUCAUGUAUGAGGUUCUCCAUACCAAGGUGGUUGUGGCUCAUCACAAAGUUGGGUACAUUCUCCGCUUACUUACCUUCUGUUCAACAAUUGGUGCCUUGAUGUUAUUUGCUUUAGUUGGAAAACAUAAGUUUGAUAAGUUUGACAUUGCUCUUACCUAUGCUUUGCUUAUUGGGGCCAUAAUCCUGGACACUCUGUCUGUGUUGAAUCUCAUUUGUUCAGACUGGACAGUCAUUGCCUUCAACAACAUCUGGAGCAGAUCAUAUAUUGGUGCAGUGAUAUUGAAACCGAAAAGAGGAAGGUGGUCUGGAUCGGUGUCCAAGUAUAAUAUGAUAAGCAAUUUCCUGGAUGAGCAUCCAGAAUGGGUGUACACUUUUGCUGGUUAUGUGGGCGUUGGAGGAAUUCUAGAUAAAAUAAAAGUCUGUUUUUUUUCAACCUCAGAGGCAGUCACUGAAGAUGUCAAUAAAUUUUUGUUCAAGCAGCUGAGGAUAAAAUCUUUGGAAGCAAACAACAGAAGAGCUGCCAUGGAGGCAUCUUCACAAAGAGAAAGUGUUCUUCUGUGGCACAUAGCAACGGAACUCUACUUUGCGAAAAAGAAGCACAACGCUGAUAAGGAAAGAAGAGAAAUUUGCAAACUACUUUCAGAUUAUAUGUUUUAUCUUCUGGUGGUGAUGCAGCAUAAUAUGAUGGCCCCAUUUUUGGGGAAUUGGCAUAUAGUCUUCCAGGACACACGUGCAGAGGCCAAGAGGUUCUUUUUCAAGCACAAAAUAACUGAUCAUGGGAAAGCUUGUGAAAAGAUUAAUGCUGUGGAAGCCAAAUUCAGAUCAGCCGCUGUGAAGGGUAAAAGCAAAUCUGUGUUGUUCGAUGCAUGUUUCCUAGUAAAACAGCUUGAAGAGGUCGAGGCAGACCCAUGGAAGCUAAUGAGCCCAGUGUGGGUGGAAUUAUUGUCAUAUGCUUCCAUUAAAUGUAGACCAAUUGUGCAUGCUCAUCAACCAAGUAGGGGUGGAGAACUUCUGACUUUCACUUGGCUACUGAUGAAUCAUCUGGGCUUGGGAACACAAUUCUAUGAGCUGGAAAACCAAGCUGGAACCAAAAUGGUGGCAGUUAAGUAA